GGCUGGCGCUUGCUGGUGACGUUAGCGCCAUGAUGGCCGCCGUGAGGCCGGGAAGGUGAAGUUGGAAUUGGUGGAGUUAACACAAUCAGUAGCCAACCUCCAUCUGAGACAGGACAGAGGAGAACUGGGAUACUUUCUGGCUUUCUGACUCAGCCAUGUCCAUGAUGCCCACCCGGUGAAAGUCUUGCACCAUCCAAAAACUUCUCCUCUGUUCCAGUUGUGCGAGCAGACGACCUGUGGAUCCAUUUUUUUUUCCCUGCUAGGAGCUGCUGCACAUAAAUCUGGCGCGAUGUCCCUGUUCUUCUCUCGAUGCAACUCCAUUGUCACAGUCAAGAAGGAUAAGAGACACAUGGCUGAGGUGAAUGCUUCCCCACUCAAGCACUUUGUCACUGCCAAGAAGAAGAUCAAUGGCAUUUUUGAGCAGCUGGGGGCCUACAUCCAAGAGAGUGCCACCUUCCUCGAAGACACCUACAGGAAUGCAGAACUGGACCCUGUUACCACAGAAGAACAGGUUCUGGAUGUCAAAGGUUACCUGUCCAAAGUGAGGGGCAUCAGCGAGGUGCUGGCCCGGCGGCACAUGAAAGUGGCUUUCUUUGGCCGGACAAGCAAUGGGAAGAGCACCGUGAUCAAUGCCAUGCUCUGGGACAAAGUUCUGCCCUCGGGGAUCGGCCACACCACCAACUGCUUCCUGCGGGUGGAGGGCACGGAUGGCCACGAGGCCUUCCUGCUCACGGAGGGCUCGGAGGAGAAGAGGAGUAUCAAGACCGUGAACCAGCUGGCUCACGCCCUUCACCAGGAUGAGCAGCUGCAUGCUGGCAGCCUGGUGAGUGUGAUGUGGCCCAACUCCAAGUGCCCCCUGCUGAAGGAUGACCUCGUGCUGAUGGACAGCCCUGGCAUCGAUGUCACCACAGAGCUGGACAGCUGGAUUGACAAAUUUUGCCUGGACGCUGAUGUGUUUGUGCUGGUGGCCAACUCAGAGUCCACUCUGAUGCAGACGGAAAAGCAGUUCUUCCACAAGGUGAGCGAGCGCCUGUCCCGUCCCAACAUCUUCAUCCUGAACAACCGCUGGGAUGCGUCUGCCUCGGAGCCCGAGUACAUGGAGGAGGUGCGGCGGCAACACAUGGAGCGUUGUACCGGCUUCCUGGUGGAUGAGCUGGGCGUGGUGGAUCGAGGCCAGGCUGGAGACCGCAUCUUUUUUGUGUCUGCCAAGGAGGCUCUCAACGCCAGGAUCCAGAAAGCCCAGGGCAUGCCUGAAGGAGUUCUCCUAGGGGGCGCUCUUGCAGAAGGCUUUCAAAUGCGGAUGCUUGAGUUUCAGAAUUUUGAGAGGAGGUUUGAGGAGUGUAUCUCCCAAUCUGCAGUGAAGACCAAAUUUGAGCAGCACACAGUCCGGGCCAAGCAGAUUGCAGAGGCAGUUCGCCUCAUCAUGGACUCGCUGCACAUCGCGGCUCAGGAGCAGCGGGUUUACUGCCUGGAAAUGCGAGAGGAGCGGCAGGAGCGGCUGACGUUUAUUGACAAACAGUUGGAACUCUUGGCGCAGGACUACAAACUGCGAAUUAAGCAGAUUACGGAGGAAGUCGAAAGGCAGGUGUCGACGGCGAUGGCCGAGGAGAUCAGGCGCCUCUCUGUGCUGGUGGAUGAGUACCAGAUGGAUUUCCACCCUUCUCCAGUCGUCCUCAAGGUGUAUAAGAAUGAACUACACCGCCAUAUUGAGGAAGGACUGGGCCGAAAUAUGUCCGACCGCUGUUCCACAGCCAUCACCAGCUCCCUGCAGACCAUGCAGCAGGAGAUGAUGGACGGCUUGAAACCCCUCCUCCCUGCGUCUGUGCGGACUCAGAUUGACAUGCUGGUCCCUCGACAGUGCUUCUCCCUCAGCUACGACCUCAACUGUGACAAGCUGUGUGCUGACUUUCAGGAGGACAUCGAGUUCCAUUUUUCUCUUGGGUGGACCAUGCUGGUGAAUAGGUUCCUGGGCCCCAAGAACAGCCGCCGGGCCUUGAUGGGCUACAACGACCAGGUUCAGCGUCCUGUCCCUCUGACGCCCGCCAACCCCAGCAUGCCCCCUCUGCCGCAGGGCUCCCUCACUCAAGAAGAACUCAUGGUUUCCAUGGUCACCGGCUUGGCCUCCCUAACGUCCAGGACCUCCAUGGGCAUUCUGGUUGUUGGAGGAGUGGUGUGGAAGGCAGUGGGCUGGAGGCUCAUCGCCUUGUCGUUUGGGCUCUAUGGCCUCCUCUACGUCUACGAGCGUCUGACCUGGACCACUAAGGCCAAGGAGAGGGCCUUCAAGCGCCAGUUUGUGGAGUACGCCAGCGAGAAACUACAGCUCGUCGUCAGCUACACCGGCUCCAACUGCAGCCACCAAGUCCAACAGGAACUGUCUGGGACUUUUGCUCAUUUGUGCCAGCAAGUCGACGUCACCCGGGAGAACCUGGAACAGGAAAUUGCUGCUAUGAACCAGAAAAUCGAGGUUCUUGUUUCACUUCAGAGCAAAGCAAAACUGCUCAGGAAUAAAGGUGGUUGGAUGGACAGUGAACUCAACAUGUUCAUGCACCAGUACCUGCAGCCCAGCAGAUAGUGGGCAGCCCAGGGCCGGAGCCUGCGUGGAGGAGGGUGGUGCCGCCAGCCUCCUGGAGCCGCCUCCAGGGCCACGCGCUGCUCCUGUCUGGCCGCCGCCGUGAGAGUGAACGCACCAGUGUCUCACCGUUCUUGAGCCCUUAAACACUAGUUCCUUCCCCUCCUUUGCCUGCUGCUGCAGGGAGACUUUCCGGCUCACAUCCCUAAAGGAGACUUUUUAAAGAUAACUGGACAGCAUGAGGAGUUAAGUCGAGUCUUCUCUGCUCUGCCAGGCUCACUGGGCUGAGCAUCGUUGGAGAGCUUGGUAAGGUCCGGGGCUCUCCCAGCAUCGUGGAAUGCCUGCCUGGAGCCUUCAGGGUGCCAGGCACACCCCUCCUCUGGCCAACACAAAUGCUGACCCGCGCACUCCUGAGCUCCUUGUGCCCCAGCACACCUGCAGAAAAGGGCUGCCCCGGGGAUGGUCGGGCUCUCCCCUGACUGCACUGCCAGUGGUCUGUCCCAGGACUGUGGCUGGGCCACCGCGGUCCUUCAGCUUCCAUGCUUCGUCCCGUGUGCAGAGCCUUUCAGACACGUGUUCUUGGUGGGCUCAGUGUGGAUGCCGUGGGCUUUAGGUGAGGCGGGCCCUGUGCCCGAGGGAGAAAGGUGCAGCAGAGAUGACUGCAGUGUGAGAAUAGCUUGGGGGCGCUUGCGUGUGGAGGGUGUCCCCGUCCUGAUGCCGUGCUGUGGGGGGUGGCUGUUUCUGUGAGGAGGGCUGUGCCUCCCUGCCCUCACUGCACCCCUGCUCUAGUCUGGCCUUGGCCUGCGUGGUCUGGUGUUGUUAGUGAAGGAUGGUUUGGUUCAGGUUGUUAAAGGAUGUAGUAGAAGGAAAGAUGGUGGCAGGAAGGGGACUUUGGUGGCAGGCCGAGGGGAGUGGGCCCCUUUUGGACAGCUGGAGAAGGUGGAGUUGGCAGAGCGAGGCGCUCCAUUUGGCCUCUCUCAGGCUCAUGGGGUCCCUGUUAUGCCCCUUGAGAGACAUGUCCCCACCCCCAGUGUGGCUCAAGCUGCCCUUGGUCGCCCGUCCUCUGGACUCAGUGUCCUGUGCCAGUGAUGCUGCAGUGGCCAAGAGACAGUGUGGGAACCCUGGGACCCCACUGCCCACCCUCCCCGAUCCCCAGAGCCUCCCUGACACACGUGGCCACCUCCUGUUAACUUUGAGAAAUGGUUUCCAUUGCUGAGUUUAGGGAUUGUUACUGGUUAAAGUGGGGCGGGUUCCCGUCUCCAGUGUGUUAACCGUCUGGGCAAGCAGCCUUUGGGGACAGCCUCUGCAGCGCAGGCCAGAGAACAUGCCGGAAGCAAGCAGCCCCUCUUCCAGCAGGAGGCGGGGCUCAGGCCCAGAGCCGGGCUUUGUCCUGCUCUCUUGAGCCCACCCACUGUCCGGUGCCGGGAUGUGAGCCGGUGGCUGUGCUCACUGGUGGUGGCCACUCAGGCGUCCUCUCCAGGUCCCGCUGGCCUCCAGACCCUCGGUCUCCUGCCGUGUGGACAGCAGGGACUUUGCCGAAGUGGGCGUGCGGUUGGAGGACGAGCUGUGUGCCCGCCGGCAUGGGGUCGCCUCAGCGUGUCAGGAGAGAGCAGCGGCACGCAGAUCUCGAAUUUCGUGCUGGGGUGGGGGGGUAUUUAAUAUAACUAAACAUAAGAAUUUUUCUGAAUGUAGCCCCUGGGCAGUGAAUGAAAUUUUAAGCUUAUACAAUAAGUAAAAUGAAAUACCACCGAGGGAGAGACUUUUUGAAAGAAGUGUGACGAAAAGAACACUUUAAUUUAAUGCUGCUGACUGCUCUGUUGUAUGUUCGUUUGCGGAGUGCGAGGUAUGCUUGACGGCGUCUUCUCUGGUGUAUUUAAGGGGAUGUAUUUGCCUGAAUUGCUCCUGUAUCAUUGCCAAUAAUAUUGGAAACUAAAAUAAAACUA